AGAGGGACAAGAUCAUAAGGCAGAAACGGGCACACUAUAUCGGGAUAAAUUUUAACAUUACGAAAAUGGCAGAAAAAGUUAGGAAUAGUGUUUAUUUGACUUCAUAAUAUGUUAAUUGUGUAUGUAUUUACAUUCAUAGUGUAAGCUUUAAUAACAAAAAAGAAUAUUUGACAGUCUUAAGCAGUAAAUUUGAUGAAAGCAGAAGAUCCCAUGCUGAUCUCCAUUGGGACUGUUUUGAUAACACCCUUCCAUAACUAUUGAGCAUAAGCCCUAGUUAUUGUUUUCGUCCGUAUGCCAAUAAUGAUACUUUAGUUUCCAUCAGAUGGCAUUUAAUAAGUAUGCAAGACUACAGUCAAUACCAAGAAAUACUUCUGUUUAGCUCGCUGUUCGUUUGAUGACUCAACAUCGGCAUAUCUGUGCAGCAUGCGCAAUGAAUCGCCGUGAGCUGUUGCUAGCUACAGUGUGUUAUUGGCAUGUAUGAAGUUCGAAUAAAGAAGUAACAAAUGUGAUUCACAUUAAGCUUUGAUUUCGCUUUGAGCGGUGCAAAAUAUGGAUACCAUUAAGGAAACAAGGAACUGUGUCUGCCAUGAAAGAGUAGAAAAGGCAAUAGGUGACGCAUUCUACCGUUACGGUAAACUGAUUUUUCGCCAUCCUGUUAAAAUAAUCGUAAUAAUUUUGAUACUAAACGGGGCUCUUGGUGUAGGGAUGAUAAUGCUUAAAGAUGAUAUCGAUGUCAGCAGAGUAUAUACUCCUAUGAACAGUCAAGCAACGAAAGACGAGGAAUCCAUUCUUGCGUUGUUUCCCGACCGAAGUGAAACAGAGUUCUAUAGCUACCAGACUGUAAACCAGCCGAGAUAUGCAACUGUGUAUGUCAGGGCAGUUGAUGGCAAUGUAGUAAGCCAGUCAAAUUUAUACAAGCUAAAAACAAUUGUUGAUAUUGUAAACUUUACUAUAGAUGAAGUUCCUUUCGAACAAAUAUGUGCAAGACGCAGCGGUGCAUGUGUGAUAGAUGGUAGUGUUUUUCUAACCCGCUAUUUCAGCGCCUGCGUAGCUGGAAACAAUGUAACAUAUCCAUAUUUCACCGAUAAAAACGGUAUUCCAACGGACAUAGAGCCCUUACUUGGUGAAGUCAAUGUCAGCGAUAAAACUCUUCAAGGCUCUAGCUACCUAAAAUUACAGUUUUAUUUGCGUUCAGAAAGUUCAUACUCCAUAGAAAAAGUUCAAGCGUGGCAGGACAAGUUCAUAGAGAAUAUGAAAAACUUUAGAAGCUCUAAUCUCAAAGUCGCUUACGCCCAUACGGAUUCGCUCGGGAAUGAGUUAAAUGCAAACAUUGGCGGAGAUAUUGCACUUUUCUCUGCUACCUUUACAUUGAUGAUCACCUACGCAUGUAUUGCAACAUUUGCGGCCAGUAACGACUGUGUAGCCAACAGAAUGAUGCUGGGGUUUGCUGGUGUGACCGCUGCUGUUCUUGGUAUCGUUGCUUCCUUCGGUUUAGUCAGCGCGAGUGGCAUGAGCUUUGUCAGCAUUGUUGGCAACUCUCCGUUCCUAAUCCUAGGAAUCGGUGUAGACGACAUGUUUAUAUUACUAUCUGGUCUGGUUACUGCUGGAUUUUCCGACUCCUCGGAACAACGAUUUGGAACAAUGAUGAGGCAUAGUGGAGUAGCAAUAACAAUCACAUCACUGACUAACAUCAUUGCAUUCGGAUGCGGCGCUUCUUCUACGUUCAAAAGUGUUCGAAACUUUUGUGUGUAUACAGGCGUUGCAGUGAUCUUCUGCUACAUAAACCAAGCAAGUUUCUUUUCGGCAUGGAUUGCUUUGAACGAAAAGCGGAUUGAACAAAGAAAACACGUUGUUCUUUGCUGUAAGUCAACAAAGUCAAAGACACAGUCCAAACAGGAGAGAGCAUCAAAGAUGACAAUAUUUUGCUGUGCAGGUCAGAAACCGUCAGAGGAAAAAGACAUUGAUAGCUUCUUGGAACGUUUUCCAAAAUGGGUUCUCCCUAAAAUAGUAAAGCCCUUAGCAAUGAAAAUAAUAAUUUUGUUUGCUUUUGCUGCUUACUUAGGAGUAGCUAUUUGGGGCGUUAUCAAUUUGAAGCAAGGUCUUGCGAUUAGUAAUCUCGUUUCUAAAGAAUCAUAUUUCUUCAAAUUUAACAAAUGGGAGGUAGACUACUUUUCUGAACAUAUACCGAUCAUGUUCGUCGUCGACAAUAAAGUAACCUAUUCUUCAGCGAAAGUACAAAAUGAAAUUCAGAAUCUCUUAAAUGCCGCGUCUUCUAAUGAGUUUAUGACAAACACGACCAUUUCCUGGUUAGAUGCAUACACAUCUUCAAUAUUUUAUAACGAUACCAAUGAAGCAUCUUUCAUAGUUGGUAUUUAUUCUUUUCUCUUAGAUCCGAUUAAUUCCCGUUUUGAGCAUGACAUUAAGAUAUCAGAAGACAACCAAACUAUUGUUGCAUCUCGCUUCUAUGUGUUCACCAUUACUAUUGCUGAUUCUCAAGAUUCGGGGAAAAUGAUGACAGAUAUGAGAAAAAUUGCAAAUGACGAAAAGAAAUUGUCGGUUAUUGUUUUUGCCCCAUCGUUUAUUUUCUAUGAACAGUAUGUAGAAAUUUUGCCUCAAACAGUGCAGACACUUGGAAUGUCUCUAGGAGCUGUUUUCCUGGUCACAUUGUUCUUUAUGCCGCACCCUCUACUCUUGUUUUAUAUUCUGAUCACCAUGGUGAUGAUAAUUACUGGAAUAAUAGGUUUUAUGCAUCACUGGGGACUGACUCUUAGUUCGAUUACAAUGAUCCAUCUAAUAAUGAGCGUAGGUUUUUCUAUUGACUACACAGCACACAUAUGUCACGCAUUUAUGGUUGCCGACGGGCAAACGCGUGAAGAAAGAGCACAGCUCGCGUUGAAAACGGCCGGCGCACCAAUCUUUAAUGGCGCUAUUUCCUCUCUAAUUGGUAUUAUUAUGCUGUCUAUCGCCAAGUCAUAUAUAUUUCAAUCCUUUUUUCAAGUUAUGUUUUUGGUAAUUGCAUUUGGCUUAUUUCAUUCUGUAUUGUUUCUGCCCGUUAUAUUGUCAUUUAUUGGGCCAAAUAAAAGCAAAAGUAAGACCCAGAAUAUUGGACGCGUUUCCCUACAUGAGUUACCGAUGACCCACCCAAACAGCAUUUCAAAAGAAAAUAGUACCCGUUAUUCCAUUGCAAAUGUUGAACCAUGGAGGGAUUUACCACCUCCAUCGCCGGUACAAAACCGUGAUGAACUAUAUAACAUUGAUAAAACAUCAUCUGACCAUAGCGUUGCUUCUAAUGUAAGUAAACGGGAUAUCCCGAUGCGCAUGCGACAGACAACACCCGUGACUGUUAUAUAUACAGGAAAAGAAGGAGAUACACGUUUACUUUACUUAUGACCAAAAUUCAUUCAAAUCUGUCACUAUUAAAAAUGAUGGCGAAUAUAUAUACUAGUAUAUUACCAAACUUAAUUGUACGUACCUUGUAUCCUCAAGAAAAAGUAUAAACUGACACUUGCGCCGAGUUGACUGUUGUGAGGCCAAUGCCAUGCUCAUAUGCCCAUUUAUUCAAACAAGUCAAAGGUCCUUGGUAUCUACAUUUAUCACAAUAUAAAUUAGAAAACACACACAAUUAAAUUAUGUUUACAAUUAACUCACGUCAAAACUAACACUUCUCAGAUAAAUAAACAGCUUUCUAACAAAAGAUUACUGUUGUGUCAUGGUGCGUCAAGGGAAAAAGACAUGCAUUUCCAAAAUAGCAAUUCUGCUAAAACGCUGUGCUUAAAUAAAUUUUCAAAAACCUAUUCGUACAAUCUCCUCUUCAGUUUCAAGGAGCUGGAACUGCUUUUGAUAAACGAUGUUAAUAUUACGCUGCAAUUAGUUUUAACACGUAUUUCAAAGGAAACAACGCCUUCUUACUAAUAAAAUACUUUGCAUGUUGCAAACAAUUAUCCAUACACAUUGAGAUCCAUUAUCCUUAUGGAUAUUUAUCUUGUUAGGAACAAUACUCAAUAUUGUAAUACAGCCUUCUCAUAUGUUGGUAUGUCAGACAUGUCGCUCCCUUAACCGGAUUAAAGCAGGAACAUAGGUUAUAUCUUAUGCUCAAUCAAGUCUGAGUUGUUCUGUAACUUAUACAUCAAUACUGUUAUUAUAGUGUAAGAAAUUAUUUAUUGAAAUACCUGUAGGGUGUUUCUUUCUAUUGUGUUUUUAUAUAUUAUUAUUAUCUGAGCACCUGUUUUAAAAGAAUUUAUGUUGUAUUAGAAAUUAUUUGCACGUAAAGAUAUCAUUGUUUAUUACUUAGUGAUAUGUUUGCAUAGAAGACUGCAUUGUGAAAAAGAUAGUAAGUCUUAAUGUGUCAUGUGUUGGUAAUAAUAGUAUUAUUUUUUCUAUUAUUAUUAUUAUUAUUAUUAUUAAAAUUUAUAUAUUCUAUAAUUAAAAUCAUGAUUUACGACAGUUUAAGUGAUCGCAAACAUGAGUUUAGCUUAUAAACUGUCUAUUUGUUUGGUAAUCCAACUUAUUUCUAUUACUCAUACAUUAUGUCUUGUUAUUUUGCUAUUAAAUUUGGUUUCAUCGAGUUAGGUUUGUUAUCUUUUCAGUGGAAUACACAAAAAACAGUGUGUCAAUUUUACUCUUAUAGUAAUCUUAUAAAUAUGAAACAAAUCAUAUACCGAAAAAAACACUUUCACAUUUAAGGCAUUGAACAGUAUGCAUGAAGAGUUGAAAUUAAUAAAUCUUUUUAUUUUGCUUUUAAAAAUGGUUAACAUAGAAUGUUUUGCGGAAAAACUAUUUUCUUGAGUUUUGCCUUACUCGCUAUAUUUUGAAAAUAUAAUAAGAACUAUUUGUUAAUACAAUAUUAUUAAAGUUAUAUAUUAUUAUUUCCAAUAACUUGGUCCGAUAUUGCGAUGUUGAUGUGUUGUUUUUUAUGUGCAUAGGACAGAAUUGUCUUAUUAGUUAUGCAAAUUCAUAUAUUAAAAUGCUAACUAACAUCCACCAAUCUUUACUCUUUUUCUAAGCAACUUCCUUUCAUUCAAGUUGUUGUUUCAUGUUUUUGUUAUAUUCUCUGAGAAAGUAUAACUCAAAUAUAGUAACCCUCAUAUUUUUGAGAUACGAUAAAUACAGAUUACGAACUAAAACAGUCCAUUGUACUCUAGAUAAACACACUCAAAUAUGCAUGUGUAUGUAUACUUUCACAAAAAUUAUAAAAACUCAAUGGAGAUUCUCUGCUCUGAAUAAGUUCUUAUUUACAGCUAAUUCCAGUACAGGUUACAUAGUAUUACCGAAAUAUGUAGGCAAACAAGUGAUGCGCUGGUGUAGGGCCCGAACUAAUGUCGGUACUGACUGCUUUGUCAUUACUAACUGAGCUAACUUGUCGGCUUGAAAUCCCAUUGCAAACUACACUAGCUUAUCAAACCAUAUCUUCCAAAUAUCGGGAUCUAAAGAAGAAUAUAAUACUCUUAUUCACCAUCCAGUUUUUCACACCUGAUGAAUCACUAGCAUUUCAAUAAUGGCACGUGUAUAAAUUUGAUGUCAUAAAAUUUCCAGAAAUAUUAGUAUUUUUAUUCUAUGCAUCUACAAAACGAUCACGAGCCUGAAAAGGAUUGUGAUAACUAAUAACAUUUUUAUCAGUAUGUAUUAAAGUAUGCUAAAUGUCUCUAUCGAGCAUGUCUUUGCUUUUUACGACAAUGUGAUGUAUAAUUUUUGUUGGCUAUAACUGUUGUAAAUGUUUAAUGUUGAUUAAAUGUUACGUUAUAAAUGUUUUGUUAUUCUGUUUCAAAAUCGGCAAGCGUCUCUAACGACUAAGCAUUUUCACCUACAUUCACCGUUAAUAGUUGAACACCAAAUAUUUAUUAUAUAAAAACCAAAAAUAGACUUCAAAUUCCUUUUGGUUUUUAAUGGAUUUUCAAACUGUUUGACUGUUGUUGUUCAUUUAAAUAAUUGUGUUGUUUUAACUAUCAAACUUUUUUUGUUUAAUUUAUAAAAACAAAUACUGCUGUAAGCUUGAUUGAUUGUCUUAGCAAUUAAGAGAUGAACAAUGUAGCAUUAUCUAUGAUGUUCAUCAAAUAAAAUUUAAAAACACAACAACUAGUCUUAACGUUCAUAACUAUUCUAUCUUUUGUAUUUGAUGUAUAAUGUGUGUAUUUUUAACAUCACCGCAAACCGUACCAAGCAGUGUUUCUCAAAUUUGCCGUGAUAUUAAAACUCGGCAGUUGUAAGGGCACAUUAAAUGUUGUUUGAGAAAUAUACAUUUUGAUUAUGGUGAAACAUUUUAUGUCAUAAUAUCAAUGAAUCUAUAUAAAAUCAUUGGUAAAACCAAACACUGUGAUGAAGUAAAUAAUGUUUCAUCUGAACUAUUUUAAGGGUGAACUAUUAACACAACUAGUAAAAAAAAUCUGAAUUACUUAGUAUCCGAUACAUAUUGAAUAUAAACGACUUCAUGUUCAUUCUAAUCACAUACAUGGACAUGGUUGAGUGAUAAUAAUGUUGACGACGUAUUUUGACGUAUUUUGGUUUUACUUACUUUUGUAUGCAGACGACACUGUCAUAUUUGCGGAGUAAAAUUGCUCUUCAACAAACACUAAUCUGUGAAUGAAUAUUGUAAAUUAUGCCAUCAUUUGCUUCCAUUGCUGAUGCCUGUGUGGUAUGUCUGUGUUGUGUGUAUGGUGUGUGUUUCUCGUUUAAGUAUAUAAAGUGUGUCUUAAGACAGGGCCUUCGAAGAUUUUUGGCAACUAGCUUUUCACAUAAGUAUUGUCCCUGCAGUUUACACUGUAUUUUGUUUUUAUCUGUUAAUACUGACAAAAGAAACGUCGUAUGAUUUUCAUGUGAUAAAUUGAGAAAAUGGCCUGUAUUCAUUAGGAAUAUGAUCAUUGUGAACUGUAUAUUUGAUGUACAUUGAUGAAACUGAAAUAAACAAUAAACAAACA